UGUUUCCGAGGGGGAGGGAAGGGAUAACUUGACCAGCUUCGCCAUUGGCAACAAACCAAACAAGAAGCAACGACAAUCGAUCUAUCCGCAAUCAAAUAGGGAGCAUCAGUAGCAGCAACCGAGUCCGCAAGAAGCAGCAAGGAGGAGGAGGAUGAAAUCCUUCAAGAAGGAGUUCACCCUGGAGGAGAGGGCGAAUGAGUCGGCCGCCAUGAUCGCCAAGUACCCCGGCAGGAUCCCCGUGAUUGUUGAAAGGUUUUCGAGGAGUAACCUUCCAGAGAUGGAAAAGAGGAAGUACCUGGUUCCAUGCGACAUGCCAGUUGGGCAGUUCAUUUUCAUCCUGCGCUCCAGGUUACAUCUGUCUCCAGGAACGGCGCUUUUCGUGUUUGUGAGCAACACCUUGCCCCAAACAGGUAACCUGAUGGGCAGCGUGUAUGAUUCGUACAAGGACAAGGAGGAUGGCUUCCUCUACAUGUGCUACAGCAGCGAGAAGACGUUUGGAUGACAUCUGCCUGCCUGCAAUUCAGCAAGCCUGAAGUACUUGCACCCAGUCCCAAUGUAGAUAUGUGACAUCAGUCUCUUGUUAAAUGUUUAGUUGAUCAGUAGCAGACUCUGCCGAUCUCUGAAGAUACCAUAUGUAUUAUUUUAUCACCGAAAAAAACUUAUUUCCCGGUGCAUGAUGCUGCUUGCAAAGUCCUCUGGGAAGCAUGGGCGUAUAUGUGAAUAAAAGUGUUGAUUAUGAUGACAAGUAAA